AUGUCUGAGGAGCUUGGAUGUAUACAGAACCCAGACAGAACACUCAAGGAUGCUAAUAUCUAUGCUUCCACUGGUAUUCAUCCACAAACGAGUACAGUCGAUAAUACAUCUCUACCAAAGGAUCCUGCACAUAGUAAAGCACUGAAGUUGAAGCAUCAAAAGCCCCAGAAAUUGGGCAAGUGA